AUGGCACCGAAGCACAGAGAUGGAGAUGUUGUCUUUUCUCUCAACGGGAAAUGGAUUGGAUGGGCCCACACCAUUACUGCUUUCUCAGGCUUCCUUGGAGCCUUGUUGGUCGGCUGCUGGCUUCAUUAUCAUAAAAUCGUACAGAACGAGUACCAUGGCUAUCCAGACGAAUGGUUUCCGUCCGUCUCUGCUACCAUUGGCGAUCGGUACCCCGAGCGAUCCGUCUUCCAGUUCUUCAUCGCCAUCACCUCGGGCCCAAGAUUCGCAUUAGUCCUGUUGUGGUACACCCUGACUGCGCGCCCGCACUCAACUCUUCCCAAGAUAGUGGCAGGAACCGGGCUCUUUCGUACCCUGUCAUGUGGUGGGUGGACAUAUAUCACUUCUACGGACGACCACAAUUGGCAUGAUAUCUUCAUGAUCUCCUACUUAGUCGCAACAUUGCCCUGGACACUGGGCUGCCUGGCGCUCAGUCCACCUAACCCCACAGCUAUCAAAUACCGGAAAAUCUUAGCUGGCUUAUUCUUUGGCACCCUCGUGCCCUUGAUCUACUACUUUAUUCAGCACAAGGUGCACAAAGUGCCUGGAGCUUACACAAUCUAUGCUUUUUUCGAAUGGUCCUUGAUCCUCUUCGACGUCGGAUUCGAUGCAGUCACUGCUCUAGAUUUUGAAAGUUUCGAGCUGGUUGUGAAAGAUGUGAAAGGGCUUAGUAGAGGGGUUAAGCUGCUGAAAGACGAUGUAUUAGAAAAAGGCAAAGACAAACCGCUUGCACAACCCUUUGAAGGUCCAUAUUCGUGGUCCGUAUUGCUCGAUGCGGCUGCGGACAUCUACACCGGGUUUGUUUUCUGGUCAAUACUUAGUUCCCUGGGAAUCCUGGUCUGGUAUUUUCCUUUGUGGCACAUGGGCAUUUCCGGAUACGAAGUCAUGGUUAUGUCAACUGUAUCGCCACUACUGCUCGGAGUACCAUUUCUGCGGUCGGUGUUCGUCAACAACGUUCGCUGGGUCCAUAUGUCUUCUCUCGUUGGCCUACUGGCUUGGCAGGUGAAAGAUCCCGCAAAUCGACUUUUUACAGUCGGAUUUGCAGUAUGGAUGACUUGCCUGGCAUGGUCAGUAACCUGGUAUGCUGAACGUGGACAACCGGAGCGUCUGAAAGCCAGAAUAUUAGCAUGGGCCGCUGGUUUGGUCGUUUCCAGUAUUGCCAAAUUUGCAAACCAUACCAAUAAUCCCCUCUGGCCAAUCUUGCAUUCAGGAAAUGGUGGAUGGAACAAAACUGGGCUCGUCCUUGGUGUUCUUGCUGUGUUACGAGCCACACAACGAAGUAACAUCAACGGAGACACCUACAGUCCGUCAAGUAAAAGGCAGGGAUCAGCUGCGUUGGCUGGUUUGGGGCUUGCAGGUCUUUUCUUUGCAAUGCAUUCACUCUUGUCCGACUCGAGCACCAUGAUACUGUGGGUUUGGGAGGGAUAUCCCAUCCGGAGCCCUUUGGCUGUGCCUCAUGGUGCCUUGACGAUUCUUGCAAUGAGCUUGGGUUUGUUCUUUGGGCUUACGUUUCCUGGCUUCCUUGGGUCUUGGACAGCAUUUGGCAUUGGCUCAAUUGGUGCCGCUGUGCUCACCUGCUAUAAAAACUGGACUGGAUUUUAUGGAGCCCUUGUUCUUGCCACCUAUAUUAUGGGAAUUGCACCAACCCUGAUAGCUUCCGCUGUGCAUCAUUCACCAGGAAGGACGUUUGGGCUGGCCUUCUUUGUUUAUAAUAUUAUGGUCCUGUUCCACGUUUGGGUCGUCGCAUAUGCAUUCGUACCUGGCGGUCCUCUCGUGCGCGAACACACGGACUGGGUGAUGGCUGCCACUAUGCUUCUGAUUGGAGCUGGCGUUUUCUCCGCAUUGGUGACGAACGCAACGUCCUCAGCGCCGAGAAGAAGGCCUGCGAGCAAGGGUCGUAAGCUAUCUUCGUACUAUUUGCACAUUCUGUUUGCCUUGCAACUUCUGUCAGCCUCUAUCGCAUACCUGAGGUUCCCUACAAAUGAUUACCAGCCGUACCACAAAGACGAGAAAGUUCUUACGGCUGGUAUUUGGACUAUUCAUUUCUCGCUAGAUAAUGACAUGUGGUCGUCAGAGCGUCGCGUGCGAGAUGCAAUCAAGGAACUUGAGCUCGAUGUUGUUGGUCUCCUCGAAUCUGAUCUUCAACGCAUCAUCAUGGGCAACCGCGAUACCACUCAGUAUCUAGCUGAAGAUUUGGGUAUGUAUGUCGAUUAUGGCCCGGGCCCCAACAAGCACACCUGGGGGUGCGCCUUGCUCUCUAAAUUCCCAAUUCUCAAGUCGACACAUCAUCUGCUUCCUUCUCCUGUCGGCGAGCUUGCCCCAGCGAUUGAGGCGACUUUAGAUGUCUAUGGGGAGCAGGUUGAUGUCUUCGUCUUCCAUUCCGGCCAAGAAGAAGAUGCCGAGGACCGUCGCUUACAGUCCGAAUAUCUGGCCAAGCUCAUGAAAGACAGUCCGAGACCGUCUAUACUGUUGAGCUAUUUGGUCACAAAACCAUUGCAGGGCAAUUACAACACGUAUGUUGGAGAGAAGAGUGGUAUGCGAGAUAUUGAUCCGUCCGACUGGGAUCGAUGGUGUGAGUACAUCUUGUACAAGGGUCUCAAGCGAACUGGAUACGCACGAGUGAGUCGGGGGACGAUUACUGAUACCGAGAUUCAGGUCGGGAGAUUCGUGAUUGGCCAAGCGCCAACAGAGACGGAUGAGAGAAUAUCGGAAGACCAGGUGGCAGACGGUCUCCAAUUCCCUGCUUUGUUCAAGGGAGAAGGUGUACGGGGACAUAGAUAUCAUGUCUUCGAUGAGCCUAGAUAUUUCGCUUAG